UUGAGCCGCUCGAUUCAAACGGUGCGGGGCGCGGAAGGGGGCAGUUAGUGCGCGAGGCGUCCGUGAGGGAGUAAUCUGAGGCCGCUGCUCGUCCCGCUGCUCCAGCCUGCGCUGCCGCCCGCCAUGGCCCACAAGCAGAUCUACUAUUCCGAUAAGUACUCUGAUGAGCAGUACGAGUACCGACAUGUGAUGCUGCCACGAGAACUUUCAAAACAAGUGCCAAAAUCUCAUCUGAUGUCUGAAGAAGAGUGGAGACGACUUGGUGUUCAGCAGAGUCUUGGCUGGGUUCACUAUAUGAUCCAUGAGCCAGAACCACAUAUUCUGCUCUUCAGAAGACCGCUUCCAAAGGAUGAGCAGAAAUAAGCCAUGGGCUUUUGAAUCUUCUGGAACUAUGUAUAUGAGUGUAUAUAUGUUGGUAGUAUUCAGUGAAUACUUUAAAUUUACAAAACAUACAUCCAAACCUGUGCAUGAGCUGUAUUAUUCACAGCAACAAAGCUCAGUCAAAUGCAAUUCCAAGCAGGCUGCUAUGAUGUUCAAAGAGUGAUGAGUUUAUCUUUUAAUGUUAAUGUAAGUGCCUCUCUGACUUAAAUUUUGUUUGUGCUGCA